UUUUUUUUUUUUUCUCUUCGUUCGUUCGCUCUGCUCUUCUUAUUUUUAUUUGACACCUUUGCAAAGAGCUCGACCUUUGUGUACACCGCCUAACAGGAGCCGUGUGCCUUAACCGUCCGACGUGGUCUCAGUCAUCCCCUCGCUUGUGAUCGACUGACCUUGCACCUGUCUGCCAGCGAACAAGACUCCAGGGAACCUGUCCUCGCUCGCCGUCCGCAACCGCCGCACCUUCCUUCUACGCUCGCUCUCUCCAGACCAGACUUCUUUCCGUCAAAAUGGCUACAGCAACCGCUAAUGGCAGCGCGGUCCCUCCCGCUCUCCCCCGGGAAUCCCCUACAUCGGACAGCAAGCCCAGCUCUCCCUUUGUCGAGCGCAGCAACCCGAUGGGGUCCGGCAGUGCCCAGACCGUCAGCUCUAAGGAUCCCAAAGCUGCCGCCCAGGCCGCCAGUGAUAUGAAGAAUGUUGUCCGUCGCAAGCUCACCGGCUACGUCGGCUUCGCCAACCUGCCGAACCAAUGGCACCGCAAGAGUGUCCGCAAGGGCUUCAACUUCAACGUGAUGGUCGUCGGUGAGUCUGGACUUGGAAAGUCGACUCUUGUCAACACCCUCUUCAACACCUCCCUGUAUCCGCCCAAGGAACGCACCGGCCCUAGCCACGACAUCAUCCCCAAGACCGUUUCCAUCCAGUCUAUUAGCGCAGAUAUCGAGGAGAACGGCGUGCGCCUUCGUCUGACGGUCGUGGACACCCCCGGGUUCGGUGACUUUGUCAACAACGAUGACUCGUGGCGCCCCAUUGUCGAGAACAUCGAGCAGCGCUUCGAUGCCUACCUCGAGGCGGAAAACAAGGUCAACCGCACAAACAUCAUCGACAACCGCAUCCAUGCCUGUGUCUACUUCAUCCAGCCCACCGGACACUCUCUCAAGCCCUUGGAUAUCGAGGUCAUGCGCAGACUCCACACCAAGGUCAACCUGAUCCCAGUCAUCGCCAAGUCCGAUACCUUGACCGACGAGGAGAUUGCCGCCUUCAAGCAGCGAAUUCUGGCCGAUAUCCAGCAUCACUCCAUCCAGAUCUUCGAGGGCCCCCGUUACGAGCUCGAUGACGAGGAAACCAUCGCGGAAAAUCAGGAGAUCAUGUCUAAGGUCCCCUUUGCUGUUGUUGGAGCCAACGCCGAGGUUACCACUGCCGACGGCCGCAAGGUCCGUGGCCGUAGCUACCCCUGGGGUACUAUUGAGGUGGACAACGAGGAGCACUGCGAUUUCGUCAAGCUGCGCCAAAUGCUGAUCCGCACCCACAUGGAGGAACUCAAGGAGCACACCAACAACUUCCUGUACGAGAACUACCGCUCCGACAAGCUCACCCAGAUGGGUGUUGCCCAGGACCCCAGUGUGUUCAAGGAGGUCAACCCGGCCGUCAAGCAGGAGGAGGAGCGCGCCCUGCACGAGCAGAAACUCGCCAAGAUGGAGACGGAAAUGAAGAUGGUCUUCCAGCAAAAGGUUGCAGAGAAGGAAAGCAAGCUGAAGCAGAGCGAAGACGAACUAUACGCUCGGCAUCGCGAGAUGAAGGAUCAACUGGAAAGGCAACGCCAGGAACUGGAAGAGAAGAAAUCCCGCCUCGAGAGUGGCCGGCCAAUCGAAGAGAAGGGCAAGAGAAAGGGAUUCUCGCUCCGUUAAUCUAUCGCCGAUGUUCAGGACCCCUUCGUCUGCUGACCCUAUGGACCACUGAAGACAUGCCGUCUCGUGGGAGGAAACCAUCCCCAUUCCUUCCUCGAUUCUCAAUCCACCAAGCGCUCUUUUUUUUUUUUUUUUCUUACCAAAUUCCCUUUUCUCCUGUGUUUGGUUGCCCGCUUUUCCUCCUCCUAAUUGAACACUCUUUCACCAUUUCCUUUUUUUUCCCCCCUGUCUUUAUUAUUCUAGUACCUGCUUGCCAAUAAUGACUUGUUUAUCCUUUUUCUCCUCCUUUUCUGAGACUGGGUGGACCGAGGA